UGUCAUCCAAGUAAUUUCAUGUCAACUUGUCCCCCUUCGAAAUUAUAUUGUAAAUUCAGUAAUUUUAAUUUAGUUGUAAGAUUAAGUUACCAAGCUGGCAUCGCGAAGGUUACUUUUCAUUGGAAUCCACAGCUUUUCACCAACAAUACCCUACAGAGCUAACAUAAAUAGCCAAUUUCACUACCAGCGUCGCUACCAUUCCAACAUGACGUCACCGCAGUGCGCGCCGCGGCACUCCCCGGGGCACUCGGGCCCCGGGGGCGCCCCGGGCGGAGUGCUGAGGCGGGUGGACAAUAUCGUCAAGUCACAAGUUGAUAAAAGGGAAUAUAGAGGUCUAGAACUGUCAAAUCGCUUAAAAGUUCUACUGGUCAGUGAUCCCACUACUGACAAAUCCGCGGCUGCGCUUGACGUCAGCGUAGGUUACCUCAGCGACCCUGACGAACUGCCAGGCCUCGCCCAUUUUUGUGAGCACAUGCUUUUUAUGGGCACCAAAAAGUACCCAGAAGAGAACGAAUACAACAAAUUUCUCUCUGAACACGGUGGGACGUCAAACGCGUCCACGUCGUCAGACCACACUAUGUAUUAUUUUGACGUUUUGCCAGCGCAUAUGGAAGGGGCCUUAGACAUAUUCGCACAGUUCUUCAUAGCGCCGCUGUUCACGGAGUCGGCGACGGGCCGCGAACUGAGCGCGGUGGACUCUGAACACUCGAAGAAUGCCGCCUCGGACACGUGGCGGCUUGACCAGCUCAACAAGAGCUGUGCCGACGCCAAACAUCCUUAUCACAAGUUUGGAACUGGCAACAGGGAAACAUUGGACACUAUACCAAAGUCAAAAGGUAUAGACGUGAGAAAGGCGCUUUUAGAGUUCCACCAGAAAUGGUAUUCUUCUAACAUCAUGACCCUCGUCGUGCUCGGCAAAGAAUCCCUAGACGAAUUGGAGAACAUUGUAGUACCACUGUUCUCCGCGGUGGAGGACCGCUCAGUGAGCGCCCCCGCGUGGCCGCAGCACCCGUUCCCCCCGCCCCUGCGCCGCAAGAAGGCCUACUGUCUCCCGGUGAAGGACCUCAGGUCUCUGUCCAUAGACUUCCCGGUGCCCGACACCCGUCAGCAUUAUAAGAGCGGGCCGGGACAUUAUCUGUCUAAUCUGUUGGGACACGAGGGCGCUGGAAGCUUGCUGUCAGAGUUAAAGGCGAGGGGCUGGUGUAACAGUCUAGUGGGGGGCACUCGGAUUGGAGCCAGAGGUUUCGGCUUCUUCGGAGUGCAAGUGGACCUCACUGAGGACGGGGUGGAGCACAUUGAUGACAUUAUCACUUUGGUGUUUCAGUACAUAGCAAUGUUACGCAAGGAGGGGCCACAGAGGUGGGUGUGGGAGGAACAAAAAGACCUUAUGGCCAUGGAGUUUAGGUUCAAAGACGCACAGGACCCUAGGAACCUAGUCACGGGUCACGUGCAUCUAUUACAGGAAUUCCCUAUGGAAGACGUAUUAAGUGCAUAUUACAUAAUGACAGAAUGGCGACCCGACUUGAUCGAGGAAUUGCUGGCGUUGCUUACCCCGGAGAACGUUCGAGUGGGCGUCGUGGCCAAGUGUUUCGAGAAGAUAUGCACGCAAACAGAACAGUGGUACGGCACAAAAUAUCUCCUGGAAGAUAUAGAGACAUCAAAAAUAAAGGAAUGGCAAUCGGUGACACUUUGCCCGCAACUGCGUCUGCCGCAACCCAACGAAUUCAUCCCGUCUCGUCUCCAACUGGAGACUGAGGAGGACAGCACUACAGACUCUGCCAACCCGAUCAUUAUUAAGGAUACGCCAAUGAUGAGGUUGUGGUUCAAACGUGACGGCGAGUUUCAUCUGCCUAAAGCUGUUAUGACCUUCGAUUUAGUGAGUCCCUUAGCGUACGCGGAACCGCUGUCGUGCAGUUUAACGUCAGUAUGGGUGCUCCUACUGAGGGACUCUCUGCAGCAGUUCGCGUACGCGGCGGAGCUCGCGGGCUUGCGGUGGAGCGUCGGCAACGCCAAAUACGGACUCAGUAUUAUAAUCGAAGGUUACGAUGACAAACAACACGUGUUAUUAGACAAAAUAAUACACCACAUAGUGAACUUUAAAGCCGACCCACAAAGGUUUGAGAUUAUGAAGGAGAACCACGUGAGGGCCAUCAAAAACUUUCAAGCCGAACAGCCUUAUCAGCAUGCGGUCUACCAGCAAGCGCUGGUGCUAUCUGAUGUGGUUUGGACGAGAUGUCAACUUUUAGAAGCGGCCGAAAGUAUGACGGUGCAGCAGUUGGAUGCAUUCGCGUCGGCUGUGAUGCGCCGGGUCCAUAUCGAGGGGAUGAUGUAUGGCAACAUCACAAGGGAAAGGGCGCUGAAGAUAGCAGAUAGUGUGGAGAGCAAAAUACCAAAAGACGCGUCGCCUCUACUAACACAACAGCUGUUGCUUCAUAGAGAAGUGGAGAUUGAAAAGGGUACAUGGUACCUGCGAGAAGCCAAGAACAGUGUACACAAGUCGUCGUGCGCGUCACUGUACUACAGCUGCGGACAGCGGACGUCGAGGCUCAAUGUUGUGUUGGAGCUUCUGGCGCAGAUACUGAGCGAGCCCUGCUUCAAUACUCUGAGGACUAAGGAACAACUGGGCUACAUCGUGUUCAGCGGAGUUCGGCGCUCCGGCGCCGCGCACGGGCUGCGCGUGCUCGUGCAGAGCCUGCGCCAUCCGCGCGCGCUCGAGCACAGGGUCGAGCUCUUCCUCGACGGAUGCGAGGAGUUAUUAACCAACAUGUCGGAGGAGGAGUUCCUGAAGCACAGAGCGGCUUUGGCCGCCCAGAGACUGGAAAAACCUAAACGCAUGUCCAGUCGGGCGUCGCAGCUGUGGGGGGAAAUAUCCGCACAGGUAUAUAACUUCGAAAGGGCUAGGGUCGAAGUGGAACAACUAAACACAGUGUCCAAAAGUGAACUGCUGGAUUUCUUCAUGAAACACAUAAGUGCCAAGUCGCCGGAGCGCCGGAAACUUUCCGUGUACGUAAUAUCGACGGCCGAGGGCGGAGCCGGAUACGAAUCGGAACAGGCGGAAAAUCCGGAACAGAGUGCGGAGAAACCGGACGAUAAUGAUAAGCCAAAGCCCACAAAAAUAUGCGACUUGGUGGACUUCAAAUCGCGUCGGCGGCUGUACCCGCAUCCGGCGCCGUUCUCGAAUAUACCGAGGAAAGGGCAACACUGCAAACUCUAAGUUUGAAUGGGGAAAACUACGCUUGGCGUGGUUUCGGACACGCUUGGCGCAGGAAAGGCUGUUAACUAAAAUCUUACUAAAAUAUUAAACUCAAGCUUAGUUAACGAUUUGCUUUGUCAUGUACGUAUGUAGUUGAACCUUGAACUACUGAUAUUUACCGGAAAUUUAGAUUUACCGGAAUUAAACCGGUAGUUGCCAUCUCGCCCCCUAGCCGCGGUCGAGUUAAUACGCUCAAAUUCAUAUUUAACGUCCCACGACGGGUGAGUUUCUUAUAUUAUAAAAUAAUAAUAAAAUUAAUUCCACACAAAAGCUACAAUAUUUGUUCUUACAAUGUUACAUAUGCUUAGUAAGGCUAUGGCAAUGUUAUAUAGGUUAGUUAAAAAAAUCUUACAAUAUUCAAGAUUUUAUUUGUACAUUUAGAUAAAAUUGAGUUUAACGUAUAAAACAGAUUCUUCUUUUAUAAAUUACCUGGCCAGGUUUAUACUACAAGCAUUUUAAACCGAUCACUGCCGAAAUAAAUCGUUAUACAGUAUUCCAUUUAGAAUAAUCUAAAAGGUGUUCAUAUUCAUUAACUAUUAAUAUAUCAUUAACUAUAUAUCAUUAACUAUUAAUGAAUUCUAAAUAUUCUCAAAUGUGUAUUAAAAGUACAAAUUUAUUAAUAAAAUUGAACCUUAUUAUCUGAUAAUAAGAUUUAAAACAGCGCUUGGCAAUAGCUUAUAUUAUUUUUAGCGGCCAUAGUGAAUUGUAACUUGCCAUUGAGUAUUAAACCAACUGGAGAAGAGCCGCUGUAAGCGUUCUGUCAAAAGUACAAGACCAGUUAUUAUAAUACGUAUGUUCCUCACGUCACAACGGCGCCAGCCUCGGAGACACGGUGUUUUUGGACUGGUUUAUGGCCCGGAUCGGCCACCACCGUAUCUUACUCCAUUACAGCUUGAGAACAAUCGCACGCAUCGACAUUUAAUACUUUGUGUUCCAAUUAAUAUACUAGUCCUCAUAUAGAAGAGUUUUUAUUUCGUCAACAUAUCUAGAAGACCUGGGAGCUUGAUAUUCAAUCAACUUAUUGUGUGCGCAAUUUUAUCUACCGCUUGGCACUACUUUUAUUCAUUUAUUAAGAACGACCAUGCAUCGACAUGGCAUAUUUGACAUUAUGCGGUUACCUCGACCUCACUGAAAUGACCUGUCGCGCUCGCGGCCUCUCCGGUUGAUUUAACACUCAAAGUUGUGUGUAUUUUAUUGUCUAAAGCACAGACAACUUUCACAAAUGUAUUUAUCCUUUAAAUAGAAAAAAAAAAAUACUUGAAUGUACUAUUUAUGUAAAAUUUUAAUAAAAUAUCUACUUAUUUUUAUUAUAAAUAAGUAAAUAAUGAAAUAAAUUUUGGUUGUCUGUUGGUACAUAUAUUUUGGAAUGUGCAAGCACAUAGCUUGGGUGUUACGUCAAUAUAUAAUAAAGACAUUUGUGUUUGUUUGUAUGUAUUUUUAUUAGUUGUACAUUGUCAGUUGUAAUAAUAUUUUAUGUGUUUUAUUUUGUCGAAUCUCACUCUUGACCGAUUGCCCAAAAAUUGUAAGGUAUUUCAUAUGAUCGUAAGUAUUAUGUUUAUAUACCAAUCUGAAUCAGAUAUUGUUUACAUAGAAUCACUUCCUUCCGGACCAAAAAUGCCAAGAUUGUCGUGUGACGAGUUUGACAUUUAGCGUUUGUUCUUGUUUCAGUUUCGCAGAGCCGUUAAGCAUGAACUGACUCUGGGAUUCUGUUCUAUUUUUGUAUGUUAUUUUAUUAAAAAUACACGUUUGUCUAGUACAAUUUGUUCUUCACAUUUUUGUUUUCAUUUUUGUCUGAACUGUCUGUGCACCUGCACUGUUUUUUUUUUUUAAUUGUAAAGUAACUCAUGACCUUAGAAUUUAUAAAAUGUACUGUAUAUAUUACAAUUUGUUAUGUGUACUUAAAUAAAUAAAUAAAUAAAUAUGACAACUAUACUGCUACUACACAGCAUAAUAGCACUAGCUUAAAUUACGGCCACUCCCUGCACCCCUCCGAAGACAAAUUCAGUUACCACACAGUUACGGGACACGCAAGCCGCGCUUCAUACAUUCCCGAACGUACUGCUAUUGUGCCGCCAACACUGGCGUCUUAACUGCUUAAAAAUGAAUUUUAGUAAACACAUAUAAUAAUAUUGUAACUGGCUACAUAUAUUUUUAUUAAGAUGUUUGAUUGAAUUUUAUGAGUAUUAAAUGGUUUUUGUUUAUUUUUAUUUUAUUCAAAAUAAGGAUAAUAAAGUAUAAAUAAAUCGUG